AUGUUCCGUACGGUCCUGCCUCGCCGUGCCUGCCAGACGGCCUGGGCUCCGUCCCAACGAACCGCCACAACUGCUUUCCCGGCCUUCGGGGCCUACUGUCUCCCCAGAUCGAGGAGAGGAUACGCUACAGAGUCUGGCGGCGGGGUGGCUGGCUACGUUGCCGCCAUCAAAGCCGGCCAGGAAGGAUUGAAGACUGUCUGUAUCGAGAAGCGUGGCACAUUGGGCGGAACCUGCCUCAACGUCGGCUGUAUCCCAUCGAAAUCUCUCCUCAACAACUCCCAUCUAUACCACACCGUCCUCCACGACACAAAAAAGCGCGGUAUCGAAGUUGGCGAUGUCAAGCUUAACCUCGAGCAGAUGAUGAAGGCCAAGGAGUCCUCCGUCGACGGACUGACCAAGGGAAUCGAGUUCCUCCUGAAGAAGAACAAGGUCGACUACCUCAAGGGUUCCGGAUCUUUCAUUGACCAGAACUCCGUCAAGGUCGACCUCCUAGACGGUGGUGAGCGUAUCGUAAAGGGAAAGAAUAUCAUCAUUGCUACCGGAAGUGAAGCCACUCCAUUCCCCGGAUUGAACAUCGAUGAGCAGAAGAUCAUCACCAGCACCGGUGCUCUCUCGUUGAAGGAGGUCCCAAAGAAGAUGAUCGUUAUUGGUGGUGGAAUCAUCGGUUUGGAAAUGGCCUCUGUCUGGUCUAGACUUGGCUCUGAAGUCACCGUCGUCGAGUUCCUCGGCCAAAUCGGUGGCCCCGGUAUGGAUGCUGAGAUCGCCAAGCAGGCUCAGAAGCUCCUCACCAAGCAAGGCAUUAAAUUCCUUACCGGCACCAAGGUCGUCAGCGGUGAUGACUCCGGUAGCACCGUCUCCCUGAACGUCGAAGCCGCCAAGGGUGGAAAGGAAAAAACCCUCGACGCUGACGUUGUCCUCGUCGCCAUCGGUCGACGACCAUACACCGCCGGCCUCGGACUCGAGAAGAUCGGAAUCGACAUCGACGACAAGGGCAGACUCGUCAUCGACCAGGAAUACAGGACCAAGUCUGACCACAUCCGCGUCAUCGGUGACUGCACUUUCGGCCCCAUGCUUGCCCACAAGGCUGAGGAGGAGGCCGUUGCCGCCGUCGAAUACAUCACCAAGGGCCACGGACACGUCAACUACGCCGCCAUCCCAAGCGUCAUGUACACCUACCCAGAAGUUGCCUGGGUUGGCCAGAACGAAGCCGAGGUCAAGGCCUCCGGUGUCGAGUACCGCGUUGGAUCUUUCCCAUUCAGCGCCAACUCUCGUGCCAAGACCAACCUCGACAGUGAAGGUCAGGUUAAAUUCAUCGCCGAUGCAAAGACUGACCGCAUCCUCGGUGUCCACAUCAUUGGACCCAAUGCCGGUGAGAUGAUUGCUGAGGCCACCCUCGCCAUUGAGUACGGUGCUAGCUCAGAGGAUGUUGCGCGAACCUGUCACGCCCAUCCUACUCUCGCUGAGGCCUUCAAAGAAGCUGCCAUGGCCACUUACUCCAAGGCCAUCCACUUCUAA